UCUUCCUCGUGACUCGCUGCCUUGUGGGAGGAGGAGGAGCGCUCCUGUCUCGGUGCCUGGGUAGCAGGCUCGGCCGGGGCGCCCGGCGGUGUUUACCUGACUCCUGCACAAAGCAGCCGCGGGGAGGGGACAGAAGCCCAGGUUGGACGCCUCGCUCCCCGCUGCAGCCAGCCAAGCAAUACGUGUCAGGGCUGGGACGCUCUGCAGCCGCGGAGUUCAUCCGGCUCAGUGACUCACGCUCCGCGGAGAGCCAACAUGCCCGCCGUGGACAAACUCCUCCUGGAAGAGGCUUUGCAAGACAGCCCGCAGACUCGCUCCUUGCUUAGUGUAUUUGAAGAAGAUGCAGGAACCCUUACAGACUAUACAAACCAGUUGCUUCAAGCAAUGCAGCGGGUCUAUGGGGCUCAGAAUGAAAUGUGUCUAGCCACACAACAGCUUUCCAAGCAGCUUCUUGCAUAUGAAAAGCAGAAUUUUGCCCUGGGUAAAGGAGAUGAAGAAGUGAUAUCCACCCUUCAUUACUUUUCAAAAGUAGUGGAUGAGGUGCAAGGCAGUUUGUGCCGAGAAAACUUAAGUUACGCUGAAAAAUCUUCGCCAUGUAGACAAGCCCUUAAGUAUAAGAUGAGACAACAGAUAACUACAACAGACAGACAAAAAACACAAGGUAACAGUGAGAUGAUUAUGAACCAUAUGACCAACACAUCUGCUACCCAACCAUUGUUGAGUUUCAUUGGGAAUAACAAGCUCUCUCUUCAUUCUGAAGUGUGGACUUUUUUUAUUUCAGAAGUAAGCACUUUAAAGGACCUUUUCGGCCUUGCUAGCAAUGAACAUGAUCUCUCCAUGGCAAAGUAUAGCCGAUUACCAAAAAGAAGAGAAAAUGAAAAGCUAAAGACAGAAGUAGUAAAGGAGGUGGCAAAUGCAAGGAGGAAGCAGCAUCUUUCAUCAUUACAGUAUUACUGUGCCCUGAAUGCUCUGCAGUACAGGAAGAGAAUUGCAAUGAUGGAACCUAUGCUAGGAUACACCCAAGGACAGAUUAACUUUUUUAAGAAGGGAGCAGAGAUGUUUUCCAAAAGAAUGGACAGCUUUUUAUCAUCAGUUUCAAACAUGGUUCAAAGCAUACAGGGAGAGUUGGAUGCUGAAGCUGACGCCAUGAGAGUAUCCCAGCAGGACUUGCUUUCAGUUAAUGAGUCUGUUUACACCCCCGAUUCUGAUGUCACCUCACCAGCAAUCAACAGAAACCUUAUUCAGAAGGCUGGCUACCUUAAUCUUAGAAAUAAAACAGGCCUGGUGACUACAACCUGGGACAGACUCUAUUUCUUCACUCAAGGGGGAAACCUGAUGUGCCAGCCCAGGGGAGCAGUAGCUGGAGGACUGAUUCAGGACCUGGAUAACUGCUCUGUAAUGGCAGUGGACUGUGAAGACAGACGAUAUUGCUUUCAGAUCACCACUCCUACAGGAAAAUCGGGGAUAACCCUUCAAGCAGAAAGUAAAAAAGAAUAUGAGGAGUGGAUAUGUGCGAUCAACAACAUCUCCAGGCAGAUCUAUCUCACCGACAAUCCAGAGGCUGUUGCAAUCAAGUUAAAUCAGACGGCCCUUCAGGCAGUGACCCCCAUCACAAGCUUCGGAAAAAAACAUGAAAGUUUGCGUCCCAGCCAGAAUGUGAAGAAUAUGGAGAUGGAGAGUGACAAGAUCAUCCCUAAAGAACAGUCCACCAAACCCGAUUGCACAGAGUUAAUAGCACCUGGAACGCCGAUUCAGUUUGACAUGGUACUUCCUGCAACUGAAUUCUUGGAUCAAAACAGAGGUGGCAGGCGCACAAACCCAUUUGGAGAAUCUGAAGACAGCAAGAACGAUGAAGAAGAUUCACUCUUGCAGCAGAUGUUUGUAGUUCGGUUUUUAGGAUCUAUGGCUGUUCAGUCAGAUGAUACAAAUGAGGUGAUUUAUGAAGCUAUGAGGCAAGUGUUGGCUGCUCGUGCCAUCCAUAACAUCUUCCGUACAACUGAAUCCCAUCUAAUGGUCACCACCAAGAGUCUCAGGUUAAUAGAUCCUCAAACCCAAGUUACACGAACAACUUUUGAACUUGCCAGUGUGACGCAGUUUGCUGCCCAUCAGGAUAACAAGAGACUGCUUGGUUUUGUGGUCCGUGUCACCGAGUCUCUGGGGGAAGAAUCCAUGAGUGCGAAUAUUUUUGAGAGCAACACAGAAGGCGAAAAGAUUUGUUAUGCAAUAAGUUUGGGAAAGGAAAUUAUUGAGGCUCAAAAGGAUCCAGAAGCACUAGCUCAGUUAAUGAUGUCCAUGCCGCUAACAAAUGAUGGCAAAUUCAAAUUAUUGAAUGACCAAUCAGAAGAGGAUGGAGCCAUACCUGAAGAGAGGGGGGAGGAGUCAGAAGCAUAAACUUGUCAUGCCUCAUAUGCUGGGUAGGAAGGGGGAAAGCAAGGAGUCUUUUUUGCAAAGAGCUCUGGUUUUCAAAUGUUUGUGCACACCCUGGGCCAGAUUCUGUUUUCUCUUACAGUAAUGAGAAUAAGGAGUAACUGAGUGUAGUUUCUCUUGACUUACAGUGGAGUGAGAGCAGAAUCUUGCCUUCUGGGUUUGUUUGGAAUAGCUGACAAUCUUUUGUGGAGUAUUUCAAUGUUAGCUCCUUGAUGCUGGCAGUCAGCUGAAAUAUGCUGACUGUUUGAAGCAAAGGGUUAUUGUCACAUUCUUCAGUUUUAUACACUUUCGGUUAGUUUGGAGGUGCUGAUCACCUUAUUGACUUCAGUUGGAGGUGUAGAUGCUCAGUCUCUCUGAAAAUCAGGCCACUGUAGAAAUUUUGUACCCAUAGUGAUUAGUAAUUUCCAUAGUUUGCAUGAUAGUGUAUCUGAAUGAAGGUUAAGAAAAAUGCACUAUUUACUUUAUUUUCAAAUGAAGUUUUUUAGUUUCUAGUGUACUUUAAGUGUAACAAGAAUUUAUCUUUUGUGCUAGUCUAUUUACAAAACUAUUUGAUAAACACUAAUUUUUUCCUAUUAAUCUAUUUUUGUAUUGCACCCAGAAUAAGCUUACAAAAUAAAUUUAAGUGCCUAUUCAUCUUCAUAGGGACCACACUUACUCAAUUACAGAAUGUAUAAAUCCUGGAUAUAACAACUCCUGGAUUUGUUAGUUUUAAAUACAACUAAAAUGCAAACAGAAUCCAGAACUAGUGAAGGAAUUUGCAUGUUUGUGUGUGGUUUUUAUAUGGUUAAGCUUCUUGAAAGUAACAGCCAGGGAUCACGGUCAUAAGUCAGUAUGUUUAUAGCAUUAAGUAUGGUUGUAUAACAUUAAUUUUAUGGUGAAAUAUAAAGUUUGACAGUCUGCAACAGUCUUCAAUAAAAAAAAGUUUACCAAUAAAAUGCUAGAUUAUAAA